AUGACAGAUUCAAAUUCUAAGGAAAGGGAGAUAAACAAGGAUGAGAAUAUUUUGCGUGGAGAUAAGGAACGUGAGUCUUUCGUCUCCGAUCUAUUGGUCUUGCCGGUUUCCCGUGUUGGCUGGGAGAGAAUGUGGAGGGAACACACUGGUAAGGAAAUUUGGGAUAAGGUGGUGGAGAGAAGUGUGCGAUAA